AACACUGGUUGACUGUUAUAAUUCAGUUUUUAAAGCUUAGCAGGCUAGUUGGUUGCAUACGAUCUCCCCUUCAUAUAUUGUAUUUCAGCGAGUAUUUUUCCAUUAAUGAAGAAUGAGAUUAUAGAAAAAGAAAAGGAAAAACAAAUUUUUUUGAUUUAUUUUAUUCACAAAACAAAAAUUAUAUGUCUACCUCAACAUAUUUAGGAAUCUAGAAAAAUCCAGAGACAUUAAUUCAAGGUCACUUAACUGACCAAUCUCUGGCAAGCAGUAUUGACUAAUAAGAAAGCUGGAAUAAACAUGUCUGUUACAUAUUUAAAAUAAAGUUUAUCGAACUGACAAAACAUUACCAUACAAUGAGUGAAGUUAAUGAAACACCUAGAGUGGUUUUAAUGCCGAUAGAUGGCAGUGAACAUGCUCAAAGAGCAUUCCAGUGGUACAUAGAAAAUAUGAAGCGUCCAAAUGAUAUUGUAAAGUUCAUCAAUAUUGUUGAGCCAGUUUAUGCGACACCUGCUGUUGGACUAACGAUGGAAACACCACCCUUAACAGAUAUUACCAAAAUGAUGCAAGACAGUAUUGAUAACGGAAAAGUAUUAGGAAAGAAAUAUAUAACUGAAGCAAAGCAGUGUGGUGUGAACUGUCAAGCUUUUCUUCAUGUGGAUACUCGACCUGGUGCUGCUUUACUGAAAUCUAUCGAAGAUCAUAACGCCAACGUGAUUAUCAUGGGGAACAGGGGUCUUGGUGCAAUCCGACGUACUUUUCUUGGGAGUGUUUCUGAAUAUGUAUUACAUCAUGCUCAUAUUCCCGUUAUAAUCGUUCCACCGAAAGAAAAGCAUUAAUGAUGAAAUCUUUCUUCUCUUGAAGAUUUAUCUUAUGAUAUUUAUUCAUGUAAGAUUUACUGUCAUUUACUACUGAAAUUUUCUCAUUAAGGAAUUAACUAAUUAAACUUUUUAUACAAUGAUUUCAAAAUAACUGUUGUUCUAUGAUUUUAUAUAUUUUUCGUCAACAAUUAAACGUGAGAUGUAAACGUACUUGGUGUAGUAGAGUCCUAAUCAACAGUCUGUAGGUUAAUAACAGAAAAC